AUGGACGAAUCGGCGAAGCUCAUCAAGAGCUUGACCGACGGCCUUAAGGCCAUCAACAAAGUUCAGGCUCAGCAAUCGAAGACCUUUUCUGAACUUGCAAGGUUCAUUGACCGCGAAAAGACUGACCGGGGGAAAAUGGCAGUAGAUACCCAAGAGACGUUGGCGAGUAUCAUGAGACUACAGACCAAGAUUAUGAAAGAGCAGGCGGCGAUGGUCCUCUCAAGACAACAGGCCGCGGCGAUGCCCUCCAAACAGCAAGAGCAGGAAUCUCUUUCCGUGAGAGCUGCAGCUUUCCCAAAAUUCGGUCGUCUCCCCGCUGAACUGCGGAGACUCAUUUGGAAAAUGGCACUGCCAGGCCGUCGGGUUCUCGAACAGGCGGACGGAGUAGCCGCGUAUCCCGAGCUCUGCAAGAAAUUCAGACCUCCUGUGAUUCGAGCCGUCUGCAAAGAAGCCUGGGAGGUUACCGAACAGAAUGGGCUAUUCGUCUACGGCCCGGAGCUCACUGCGUCUGGGGGAACCUGGUUCAACCCCAAGCAGGACGUGAUCAUUAUCCCAGAUCCCGGAAAGGACUACUCGCUGGGACCGCUUGAGGAUUGUCGUCCUGAAAUCAUCGCUGUUGACUGCCGAUACUUUGAACAAGACGAAAACUUCGAACGUGUCUUGCAUUGUGCGCUGCAACUUAGGAGCUGCCGAAGGCUCAUCAUCCUCUUGCGGACAGCCCCCAAUUUAACAUACAAGAAGGGAGCAGCGCCGAAGCUAUUCAGCCUUCAAGCCAAAGAUGUGAUCUGGUCAUUCUACGCAGAUGAAAAGCCAAAAGGUCCCUUUGGGGAGGACGAUAUUUCGUGGAAGCAUUUCAAGGACGCGAUCCAAGCUGAUUGGGAUAAUGAAGUGCGUAAGAGCGGAAGAAUGGAUAUAUACAUAAAGUAUGGCGGCGUGCCUGUCAUCGAGGGGAUGGAGUUGAUCAUGUGCAAGGAGGACGAGACAUCCCAUGGUUUCUGA